GGCGGCGGCGGCGGCGGCGGCUGUGGCUGCUCCCACCACAACGUUCCCUGGCGACGCGCUCCUGCGAGGCCGCGGCGUCCACCAUGUUCUCCUUCAACAUGUUUGACCAUCCGAUUCCCCGGGUCUUCCAGAACCGCUUCUCCACGCAGUACCGUUGCUUCUCCGUGUCCAUGCUCGCCGGGCCUAAUGACAGGUCAGAUGUGGAGAAAGGAGGGAAGAUAAUUAUGCCACCCUCAGCCCUCGACCAGCUCAGCCGACUUAACAUCACCUACCCCAUGCUAUUCAAGCUGACCAACAAGAACUCAGACCGCAUGACGCAUUGUGGUGUGCUGGAGUUUGUGGCUGACGAAGGCAUCUGCUACCUCCCGCACUGGAUGAUGCAGAAUCUGUUGCUGGAGGAAGGGGGCCUGGUUCAGGUGGAGAGCGUCAACCUACAGGUGGCCACAUACUCCAAGUUCCAGCCCCAGAGCCCCGACUUCCUGGACAUCACCAACCCCAAGGCCGUAUUAGAGAACGCAUUGAGGAACUUCGCUUGCCUGACCACUGGCGACGUGAUCGCCAUCAACUACAACGAGAAGAUCUAUGAGCUGCGGGUCAUGGAGACCAAGCCUGACAAGGCUGUGUCCAUCAUCGAGUGCGACAUGAAUGUGGACUUUGAUGCCCCACUGGGCUACAAAGAGCCCGAAAGACAAGUCCAGCAUGAGGAAUCCGCCGAAGGUGACGCUGACCCCAGUGGCUACGCCGGGGAGCUGGGCUUCCGCGCCUUCUCCGGCUCCGGGAACAGACUGGAUGGGAAGAAGAAGGGUGUGGAGCCCAGCCCCUCGCCCAUCAAGCCUGGAGACAUCAAGAGAGGAAUUCCCAAUUAUGAAUUUAAACUUGGUAAGAUCACCUUCAUCAGAAACUCACGUCCACUGGUCAAAAAAGUUGAAGAGGAUGAAGCUGGAGGCAGGUUCGUUGCUUUCUCCGGAGAAGGACAGUCGUUGCGGAAAAAGGGAAGAAAGCCUUAAGCUGGGGCUGUUGGCUGAUUGGAGAAUAAAAUAAUUGCAGCAUGAUGGCUUUUAGUUACUGCCUUUGACGGGGAUGCUCCGUCACUUUAGGUGUGUUUAGAGUGACCUAAGAAUUACCGGGUUUGACCGGAACGUGGACCAGCAGGACUUGCAGCCAGUGUCUGAUUUGGGGAGAGAAGCUGCCUCUGAGGUCCCACAGCCUCCUCUUGCUUUCAGGCCCUCAGGACACGCCCACUGCUGAAGCAGUUUCCUAAUUCCUGCCCAGAACCUGCGAAGGGAAUUGAAUUACUCUAACUUGUGGUGUUUUCUCUUUUUUCAUAUAUCCUUUCUUUUCCCAGGUCAUAGUUUAGCAUUUGCCUUUGGCCUAGAAAAAAGUGGUUUAAACAGAUAAGUGCUCCGUAAACAGUGGUUAUCCCAUUACUCUGGCUACAGUUUAUUUGAGGAAGGGUGUUUCUAUUUUUAUUUUACAUGUUGACUUUUUUUCCCCUAAAAGGUCAUUCCUCAGCAGGAGAACCUGACCUGAAAACAUUUCCAAUUUUUUUUCAAUUUCAUAUAGAAAUGACUGGCCCCUUAAUCAAUCUGUUUUUCUGUAAAACAACUUCAUGGUGAAGCACAAAUGUAACCAUUAGAAUAAAUGAAAGCUAAAGCUCUCUUCUUUCCCCUUCCCUACCCCCCAUUCCCAGUGUUAAUGUAUCCAAAGUUCUGCUGGCCUGCCUUUAUUUUUUAACUAGGGUUAAUUUAGCCUCAGAUUUUCACUUUCUAUAAUAUGACAUGUUAAUUCAAUUUCCAGUAUCUCUUCUUUCUUGAAAAUAAUUAUGAUUCAAGAAUUUCAAAUAAAAACAGGCAGUGACUAAAACCUGAA